AUGAGUAUUUGUCCACAUAUACAACAAGUAUUUCAAAACGAAAAGUCUAAAGAUGGGGUUUUAAAAACGUGCAAUGCUGCCAGGUAUAUAUUAAAUCAUUCUAUACCCAAGGAAAAAUUCUUGAACACCAUGAAAUGUGGUACAUGCCAUGAAAUCAACUCUGGCGCAACUUUUAUGUGUCUGCAAUGUGGAUUUUGCGGAUGUUGGAAUCAUUCUCAUUUUCUCUCUCAUAGUAAACAGAUUGGUCACAUAUUUGGUAUCAACUCAAAUAACGGUCUUUUAUUUUGCUUUAAAUGCGAGGACUAUUUAGGCAAUAUUGAUCUGAUUAAUGAUGCUAUCCUAGCGAAGUAUUGGGACGACGUCUCCACAAAGACCAUAGUGCCUAGCAUGGAAAGAAGAGAUGGGCUUUCUGGCCUGAUCAACAUGGGGUCCACUUGUUUCAUGAGUAGUAUUCUUCAAUGUCUGAUUCAUAACCCGUACUUUAUUAGACACUCAAUGAGUCAAGUUCAUUCUAAUAAUUGUAAAGUGCGUUCACCUGAUAAAUGUUUUUCAUGUGCCCUCGAUAAAAUUGUUCACGAACUUUAUGGAGUCCUGGAUAUAAAGCAACCUUCUUCGUCAUCUUCAGGCACCAAUCGACAAACUGGCUUUAUAUAUCUUUUAACUUGCGCCUGGAAAAUUAACCAAAACUUAGCAGGGUACUCACAACAGGAUGCUCAUGAAUUUUGGCAAUUUAUAAUUAACCAAAUCCACCAAAGCUAUGUCCUUGAUUUACCCAACGCCAAGGAAGUUAGCAGGGCAAAUGAUAAGCAAUGUGAUUGCAUAGUACAUACGGUGUUUGAAGGCUCCUUGCAAAGCUCUAUUGUGUGUCCAGGCUGUCAAAAUAAUUCAAAGACAACCAUCGAUCCAUUUAUGGACCUUUCUCUGGAUAUCAAGGAUAAGAAAAAACUUUAUGAAUGUCUUGACAGUUUCCAUAAAAAAGAACAGUUGAAGGAUUUCAACUAUCAUUGUGGGGAGUGUAACAGUACUCAAGAUGCAAUAAAACAACUAGGUAUACACAGAUUGCCAUCGGUUUUAGUUUUGCAAUUGAAAAGAUUUGAACACCUACUUAAUGGAAGUAAUAGAAAACUAGACGAUUUUAUUGAAUUUCCGACUUACUUAAAUAUGAAAAGUUACUGUUCAGCAGGAGAAAACGACAAGCAUCCUGAAAAUGGCAAGGUGCCAGACAUUAUUUACGAAUUAAUCGGUAUUGUUUCCCACAAGGGGACGGUUAAUGAGGGGCAUUAUAUUGCAUUUUGUAAAAUCUCUGGAGGACAAUGGUUUAAAUUCAAUGAUUCCAUGGUCUCCUCUAUAUCUCAAGCAGAGGUUUUGCAGGAACAAGCAUAUUUAUUAUUUUAUACCAUUCGUCAAGUAAAUUGA